UUUUCUUCUCCACUCCUCACACCCAUCCUCCACCUCCUCUCUUCUUCACUCUCUCCACCAUCAUCAACCCACAACUAUUCAAACCACUACUACUUCUAAUGGACUCCUCCUUCACCACCAUAUGCUUCUCCAUUGCUCUCCUCCUCUUUCUCAUCCACUUUCUCCUAAAGCUCUUCUCCUUCUUCUCUGCUUCCACUGCCCGGAAACUCCCUCUCCCACCUGGCUCUCUGGGCUGGCCCUACAUAGGAGAAACCUUUCAGCUUUACUCUCAGAACCCCAAUGUCUUCUUUGCCUCCAAGCAAGAGAGGUAUGGAACCAUAUUCAAAACCCACAUAUUGGGGUGCCCAUGUGUGAUGAUUUCAAGUCCUGAAGCUGCAAAGCUGGUGCUGGUCACAAAGGCUCCUCUCUUUAAGCCUACAUUUCCGGCUAGCAAAGAGAGGAUGUUGGGGAAACAAGCAAUUUUCUUUCACCAAGGUGACUACCAUGCCAAGUUGAGGAAGCUUGUUCUCCGAGCCUUCAUGCCAGGAGCCAUCAAAAACAUCGUCUCUAACAUCGACUCCAUCGCCACCCAGACCCUGCAGUCCUGGGAAGGCCGGUCGAUCAAUACUUUCCAAGAAAUGAAGACAUACACUUUCAAUGUUGCACUGCUGUCCAUAUUUGGAAAAGAUGAAAUUCUGUACAGAGAGGAACUCAAGAAAUGCUACUACAUUCUUGAGAAGGGGUAUAAUUCAAUGCCCAUAAACAUUCCUGGAACGCUCUUUAACAAAUCAAUGAAAGCAAGGAAGGAAUUGGCUCAGAUCUUGGCUAAAAUCCUCUCAACAAGGAGGCAGGCGAACGGUGAUCACAACGACUUGUUGGGAUCUUUCAUGGGAGACAAAGAAGGGCUCACAGAUGAACAAAUUGCAGACAACAUCAUAGGCGUCAUCUUCGCGGCCCGAGACACUACUGCCAGUGUGCUGACAUGGAUCCUCAAGUAUCUGGGCGAAAACCCGAGUGUUCUGCAAGCUGUCACGGAAGAGCAAGAGUCCAUAAUGAGGAGUAAAGAAGACAAGUGUGGUGAAGAGAAGUCUCUGACUUGGGAAGAUGCCAAGAAGAUGCCAAUAACUUCAAGGGUGAUUCAAGAAACACUUAGAAUUGCUUCAAUUUUAUCUUUCACCUUUAGAGAGGCUGUUGAAGAUGUUGAAUUUGAAGGGUACCUGAUUCCAAAAGGGUGGAAAGUUUUACCACUUUUCAGAAACAUUCACCACAGUCCAGACAUAUAUCCAGAGCCAGAGAAGUUUGAUCCCUCAAGAUUUGAGGUUGCUCCAAAGCCCAAUACAUUUAUGCCAUUUGGAAAUGGGGUCCACUCAUGCCCUGGGAAUGAGUUGGCCAAACUAGAGAUUUUGGUGCUUCUACAUCAUCUGACUACAAAGUACAGGUGGUCUAUGGUGGGCACACAGAAUGGUAUUCAGUAUGGCCCUUUUGCUCUUCCCCAGAAUGGUUUGCCCAUCACAAUCUCCCUCAAGUCAUAGAAACAAAUCUCUACUAAAUCUACUCUCAGUGCCACCAAUCAACUUCACUCCCAUAUUCCUAUUCAAAGUUUCAAACAAGAAACAAAGAAACAAUAUGAAGAGAUCUCCCUUGUUUCCUGCCAAUCUAGAGACACCCACAUGAAGGAAUUUUGAUGAUCAAUACUCAAAAAGGGAACCAAAAAAUAACUGUACAGCAAGAGUCCUCAUACCACAACUAAAAUUUUGAAGGGAACAACCAGAAAGAUUGCAAGCUGAAUCAAGUUCAUUUUUCCAGGAAUUUAGUCUUAGGGAUGUGAUAAAUGUAUUUAGGUGGGAUUAUUCCAGUCUCACCAUGUUUUUUUCUUUUUUUCUCCUCUCUUUUUUGGUUAUUACUUAUAAUUAUAAAUGGCCGUAAGGCAAAAUAAAUGUAUAUUUGAUCAUUGGAAUUUUGAUUCUGCAUAAUCAUAUCUUGGAUGCUACUUUACAAUCAA